AUUGUGGCCCUCCCUGUGGCGUGUGUAAAUUAGUUUUGAUGUGACCAGGGAGAAAAAGGAGCGUAGGAGAGGGAGGAAGGGGAAGAGAGCGAAGUGGUGGGAGGAGAAGUGAAGGAGCAAGCAUUUCUCUGCUCACCAGGAAUAUAGAGCAUACGGAGAAGAUGUAUCCGGAAGAGAGAGGUCACUGUCGGAUAAGCUGAGUUGGCUGUACUUUAUCAGCUACAGGCUGCUCCCGGCUGAUCUCUGGACUCUCAGAUUGAGCAACUCACCAGGAGACUGGCAGCUGAAUAAUGAUAAAAAAAAGGGAAAACAACACAAGGGAAAACAGCAGCUUAAAAAAAGCAGGAAUAACUAACGGGAACAUGCAUACAGGUUUUGGAAAUGCAGUGACUGAGAAAUGUUUUCUUUUGAAGUUUUGAGGAAGAGCAUGAUAGGUUUGAGAGGACAAGGGGGGGGUCAGAGGAUGGGGUCCGGUGACAGCCAGUGAAAGGGCCCAAGUCCUCAUGUGAAACACGGAGGAAUUAAAAGGUAAAGGGCAGAGAAAAAGCAACAGAGGCGAACUGGCGGGCUGCAGAUUGAACGUCAGGAUGGGUGUGAAGCGCAAGGCGGCUGCUGCUAUCUUGGUCCUGCUGCUGUGUCUUGGAUCCCUGUGGCUGCAGGGAGGUUUGGACUAUCACUGGGAUUCCUGUUUAAAAGGUUACAAUCAGGUUAACAAGCCCCCACUGCAGAAUCACCCUCACCAGCUGUCCAACAGCAGCGAGGCAGACGAGACGCAGGGCCCGCCUGUUCUCGCUCCGUGCCCCGGCCAGAAGUUCCAGGUGUCAGCGUUGGUCUCCCACCUGCUGGCUGCUCAGGCUUACACCUCGGAUGUGCUGCUGCAGCCAUAUCUGUCCAGCUGGGACGAGCUUGUAAAGUUCAUGGAGUCUCUUGGCCCUAUGGUUAGUUUAAUAUCACAGGAGAUAGAGACCAAGACUGCUAUAAUCCGCCAACUGGCCCUGCUUUCUGAGAAGAGCCCAGAAGCAGAGUUCGUCCCAGACAUGCACUCAGGAGAUGCUGCAAACUCACAAACUGUGGUGAAAAAGUUUGCUGGGGAUUCGCAGGGGGCCUACCACUCCGUGCGCUCAAUGGUUUGGACCGAGCUGAAUCGAGGCAUAGUUGAUUUCCACCACCAGACAGACUCGGGAUGCCGGACCCUUCUGCGACUCCAUCGAGCUCUGCUCUGGUUGAAACUCUUCCUGCAGAAGCUGGCAGAGACACCGACGGCCGGACGGCUCAGGAGUCCCUCCGAUCUGUGUCGGGAGGCGUACCAGAACACCCUCUCUCACCACCACACUUGGUUUGUCCGGCGGGCGGCUGAGUUGGCCUUCAUCGCCCUGCCGGAGCGAGGAUUUUUCUUCAGGCUGGUGUGUGUGCAGAACCAGGAGGAGCUGAGCGUGGUGUUAACCAGAGUAGUCAAUGCCAUUGGAGAAAUCUAUGACAGGACACAGAAAGUACUGGACGAAAAUGGCAUGCUGGACUUACCUUGACGAUGUGCAUCAUUCUUUUUGUCUUCGGAAUCGCCAUUAAACUUUCAAUUUCAAUCAAGAAAGAAGUAAACCUUUCAAAACCAGCUGAGCAGACUAUUACUGAAGUAAAAAAAAAUGAACAGUCUGAGCUUAUCGUCGAAUUCCCUUAGAGAUAAUUCGAUGAAACAGAUGACAUACGGAGGCACCGACUCAUUUAAUCGGGUGAAAACGUCAUUAUAAAAGCAUCUGCGUAACACAUUUCCCAAAGGAAGCAGUGUUUUGUGAUUGAAUCAGAUUAAUGGCUCUUGUUUUUGUAUUUUCCUCUGCCUGUUGUGGCACUUUUCUAUGGAUUAGAUAAUAACUGCCUGAUUAAGUGUGAAGAAUUUCAUGCUCAUUGAUUUUGUACGCAGAUGCCAACAAAUUACCACAGCACCAGUCUCCCAUGAUGACAGGUCUCUUGUGAAACAAUAUGUGCUGAACAGGGGAGGACAUGCUGCAUUUUAAAGUAAGUGUGCCAACAUGACAGACAAUAAGAACAUUUUCUGUCAUAUUUAGAAAAAUUAAGAUUUAUUUAGACAAGAAAAAAAGCACUUGGCAGUUUUCUUAAAAAUAUGCUGCAAGAAGACAAAAUAUGCAACUGUAUAUAUUAAUCCAGGUCUGGAUGAGUGUGGAAAAAAAAUUAUUCCUUCAUUCAUUCCUUUCUUCUUUCUUGUAUGUUUUUUUUUUUUUUUUUUUUCCCUUUCAGGUUAGAAGGGGUUACAAUGUGUUAAAUGUAGGAACAUUGUCAUCAGAGUCUGGAAAAGUUUGAAAUUUUUACCUCGACAUGCUGAUCACCGUUGUAAUGUGAUCAUUCAUCCAGCAGAGGCUCCUGCACGCUACUCUGGACAAAUCUUUCUAUUCCAACACUUUCUAUUCUAUUACAUCCUACUAUUUCAAAACCCUAUAAUGCUUCAUAAUCCUGGCCACCUGCCUUUCCUUGCAUUACUUUCUUUCUAAGGAGGAGAGAAAAGAAAGGAGGGAUAAAGAUAUAGCUUGAAACCGUGUAAGAGAGCUGAAGCCAUUCUUUAUAACAGCUUUUACAUAAAAAAUGUGUUAGCUGUUUUUAUUAUGAUCCUAUAUCAGAUUAUGUCUAAGUUUACUCAGUUUUCUGUUAAAAAAAUACAAAGAGUGAAUUUUGACUUUCACUAUAAUAGCUUAGUUUAAAAAGUGUAACCCCCCCUACAACCACUCAUUCUAUUUCAUAGCAUCAAAAGGCGAAAACAAAACUCCUACUAUUUAAGAUUAUCUCCAAAUUUCAGGGGAUGGUUUUGAAUACUUUAAAGGGGGGUUCUGUUAAAUUAUAGGCAGUCCAUAUCUUAUCUGCAGUAUACUGUCCGCUUGCUGUCUUUAGCUUAGCAUAGAUCCGGAUUGGUUGGAGCAACAAGCGGAAGCUAACGGCUAGCUAGUCCAAUAGCAGCCAAGGCCAAAGCAAACUCGUAACUUCUUAAAACAACUGUAAUCUUAGAAAUGUCCCAGUUUUAUUGUUUUGUUUUGUUUAAGGCCGCUUUAUAAACAUUUAAACUGUUGCUAUGUUUGAAUUGGAUAGUUAUUUACAGAAAACUUGAUAUUUCUUUACAGUAGAAAAGGAGGUAAGAGUCGGUGCAUCACUAAUAAUCUUCCUGUAGGAAACAAACAUAUAUUAAGAAAGAUACAUGUGGGGCAUUGUGGAUAGUUAUUGGCUGAUUUAAAAGUAAAGCUGAAUAUUUUAGGUUUAGGUAAACUUCUGCUUCCUACCUUUAUUUCCUUUCAAAGCAAACAUCAAUUUCUGUGUAAAUAAUGCCUAAUGUAAACAUGAGGUCUGAAUUAAGGUACAACUUCUGUGAUGUUUUUGGUUCUGAUCACUCUGAGACUUGGUGUUACACUCAGUGUCCAGUGUAAACUAAUCUGAAAUUAAACUAAAUGAAUAGUUGGACUAGUUAGCAAUUUGACUGUCACAUGAAAAAUUAUGAACUACUUCUUUAAAACAACUCAAUCUAAAAAAUGACAGCAGUUUAUGCAAACACCUUUUGAAACUUUAUACUUGUCACAUGUGUGUGGAUUUGCUGUGGUCCACUGGUAUUAUUUUGAGUGAGAUUACAGAAUAUAUUUACAAAAAGACACAUUUGACACUUCCUGACUCCUUCUUUUUCUCUUGAAAGUAUAAUAUAUUGUUACAAUAUCACAAUCAUCAGAUAAUGCCACAAAAUAAUCCAAACACUUCAGUAAACAUGAAGCUAUGAUGCAAGAAGCAAAACCAAGUCUGAGUUCCCUUAAAUGACAUUUAUUAAUUUUUUUGUCUUGACUUAAACAUGAGCAAAAAUAGACAUAAGGUAAAAGCCAAAAAUAUGAUCCAGUAUAAUUUUUUUUUUCAUAAAUGUAUAUUUUAGGACAAUUCUUUGAACCACAGUCAUAUCAACAGUGCAACUUUAAGAAGGUAGGUGUGGGUAAUGAUAUUUCUCGUAUUUAUUCACUAUUUGAAUCAUGAAUUUCUCUUCACACUGUGCAGCGUUGCAGUUUCUGAAAGUGCUUUGGGGGUUAAAGUCCUGUUAGAACUUUGCAAGCUUUAAAAGCUAUUUCUUGACAAUAUUAAUUAAACAGAAGAAGACAGACUCAAACGAUGGUAAAAACAUUAAACCAUAAUGCAAGUCUAAACAAAUUUCUGGCAUCUUGCCUUUUUGUUGAACUAUAUUACAAAACCUCUUCACGUAGCUUUCUUUACACAAUACAGUUCAAACCUUACAUUCUCGUCUCGUUACAGCAAAAAUACUUGUUCAUUCACGAAGCAUUUUAUUAUUCACUUUUUAUAUAUAUUGGCUGCAUAUGCGCACAAACGUGGUCCUUCUUUCCCUCCUGCUCUUGAAUGUACCGAAUGUUGCCUUUCCUCUAAACAAUCACACAUUUGCACAGGAGAUAAAUAUAUAUUGCUCUUUGAUAACAUCUCCAAAUUAGCACAGGAAAAAAUAAAGGGAUAAAUUGAGAUAGCAGGAAAGAACAUUCUGUGUAACUGGAGGACCAAGAUGUCUGUCCACCAGGAGGCACUGUUUUGCUGCAGGGAAACGUUUUCCACUUGUGCGCGAGUCUAUCAUUGUAUGACAAGAGGCCUUUAUGAUUCUGUGGGUGAGAUUUUUGCUCAGACCAGCAAAUGAGCAUCUAUCCGAACUGCAAAAAUAGAUGGUGUGUAAAUUGUCAUUAAUAUCUUUGGCAGAAGGAGUAAUGUUCAAGUAUGAAUGAUAAGAAAAAAGAGUGAAAUCGACAGAUGAAAUCAAACAUUUGAGUAGAUGGAUUGGAGUAUUGACUGGAUGUGGGUUUGAAAGUAUGGAAAAGCUAGAAUAAGAGCGUAGUUUUAAAGCCGUGAACUGGGCAUUUGAUGCUCGGUGCAUGAACGGUAAAAUAGGGUAAAGAAGUUCAGCGUGCCUGCUUUGGAUUAGUUGACCAGAUUAAGAGAUUACAAUGAAAUUAAGUAAGAGCUGAAAGCAGGCCAGAAGAAGAGUACAUCUGAAUCCGUCAGUGAAGUCCCAAAAAGCUAAAAGAGAAGAGCAUGUUAAAGCACAUCUUUUUGAAUUAGGAUCUUAGAUAAAAAUUAGAUGAUUAAUGGUCCCAUGUAGGCCUCUAAGAUCAGAUAAAAGGUUCUGUUUGGACCUCUGUGAGAUUCAGCAGCACAGAGAUCAAAAUUAUAGACAAGCGGAGUCAGAAUCAUAUGGUCACCAAGUCUCCGUAGCAACAUCUCCUUUUCUAAGGGUCGACAAUUGUUUAGGGUGCUGUAGAUGGCUGGACAACAAUACAGUUGAGUUUUUACAGAUUUGUCAGAAUAAUAAUUCGUCUUUUAGGUAGGUUUGUGGGACGGAACAGCACAGUGGAUGUGCACCAAAACUCAGGCAUGAUAAAUGACUUUUAAUGGAGGUGAUACUGGUUAGAUAUUCAUCAUGACGAUUUUUCUCUCGUACAGCAGAGAAUAAAACAAGCACAACAACACAAACUAAUAAAUCAACAUGUGGUCACUCUACAUCUAAAAACUUAUUGAGUAUUUUCUCACAGAAGCUCGUGAGGAUGUAAGCAAGUCAUGUGAAUGUUCAAGAUCAAUAUCCUGAAUAGUGAUGAUGAGUGUGGAAAAAGUAGCAUGGAACAAAAAAAAACAAAACAAGCUGUCUACACCCUCCUCCUCCUCCUCCAAAAACUGCAAGUGCUUUUAUUAAAUCAACUCAGCUUCACAAAAGAAGAAAUAAAAAGCACACUUCCAGUGCAAAACAAUAAAAAAAUUGACAAAGACAUCUAUUCAUGGUAUUAAGGAAAUAGAUGCAAAACACUCAACAACAACAAAAGAGAGACAGAAAGCUAAAUAUUUAGGUUUGAAUAAAUAAAUUACACCAGACAUAUAGCUUUGGAUUCAUCUUUAAAACGAAACUGUACAGUGAGAGGAAAUGAAGAAAUGCUAAAAACUGAAUAAAUGCUGGAAACAAAUAAAAUCCAUCUCAGUGAGUUGGCUAGAAAAAAAACUUUAAUAAGCUAAUUCUGAUUAUCUAUUGGACAAGUCUAUAACCUUAAAAAAGUGUUUUCCAGAGAUUUGUUGUUUCAUAAUUAACAGUGUUAAAACCACACCAGAUGUUGUUCCUGUUUGUUUUGUUAGCAGCUGCUCUGAGUUCAAAGUUUAAAUAUCCAGUGUGAAAUAUCUAUAACAGGAGCCAUCUGAUGAAUGGAUGUAUGCUUAAUGAAUAUUGCACAUUGCAUGCAACUUCCCGACCUACAAUUAGAAAUGGGAUCUGUAAAUGAAAUGCACACACUCAUACACAACAAAACAUCCAAUCAAGCAUUUUUUAUUUUUUUAUUUUUUGGAGAUAUGCUUCCAAAAACACACACACUCAGAGUGCAUGAGGGUUAAAGCUUGUAUUGUGGUCCCUCCUGGUGGUCAGUUACUUAACCUGUCCUUAGUUGACUAGAAUGGAGCGGUGGGAAACAAUGUGCCUUCAAAGCACACUUAAGACAGCACACACAUGCAAAUGGCUUCAUCUCUGCCUCCGUCUAUUCAGAAAAAUGCGGGUUUGUUGGAGUACUCUUUUAAGUGCAACAGAACAGACAGACCGAUAUAAGGUUAUGAUGCCGUAUAAAUACUGUAGAUAUACACCUUUGUAUUGUAGCCUGUGUAUAUUCGGAUAUAUAGUAGGAAUAUUCUCGAAGGAGGCAGCAGGAGGUGAACAGCAACACUGUAAACGUGGUAAGGUUGCUUGCAGAUUUCGAAAACACAUCCUGUUUUAUAUCUCCUAGUUUAUCAUGCAGUAUAAAUAGAGGUCACCUCAAACUAAUUUACAGAAAAUCGCUUGUCUGAACGCUCACCGGCAGAAACAAGGACAGCAUUACCACCCUCUCGUGCUCAGUUUACCCUGUCGCACAAUCCCCUUUCCCCCUAAGAAAAAAAAAUAAAAAAUAGAAAGAAAACUGGAGCAGGGUGCAAUCGAAUCACAUGAAGGAUGUGAAUACUGCGGGUUUAUUUUUCUGUGUAUGUGCAGUGGUGCAGAAGAUGGGGGGAGGGAGGAAA